CGAGAGCGAUUCGGCGUUUUGCUUCUCCGAUGUCAAUCCCACCAUCUUCAGGUUCUUCUUCUUCAUCUUCCUCGUCUCAGUACACAUACGCUGCUAAUUCUUACUAUUCCGCUCCGUAUCAGCCUCCACAGCCUUACGCGGCGGCGCCUUCGCCUGCUGUACCGGCGCCGGUGGCAUCCAUUCCCGGAGCUACGGUCUAUUCUCAGCCUGUUGGACCGGUUCCUGCCGUCUACGCUUACCCACAGUACCAACAGGCUCAUCAAUUGUUCCAAAGAGAUGCGCAAACCAUCACACCAGAAGCUCUUGAGAAUGUAAAAGCUGCUUUAGCAAGUAGUGAAACCGAACACAAAGCAGAAACUAAGAAGAGAGCCAUUCCUCGUAAAGCUGCUGGACAGUCUUGGGAGGAUCCUACUCUUUCAGAGUGGCCAGAAAAUGACUAUCGCCUGUUCUGUGGUGAUCUUGGGAAUGAAGUGAAUGAUGAUGUUCUUUCCAAGGCAUUUACUCGAUUCCCCACCUUCAAUAUGGCCAAGGUCAUUAGAGAUAAGCGGACUGGUAAAACCAAGGGUUAUGGGUUUGUGAGUUUCUCAAAUCCUGCGGAUCUAGCAGCAGCCCUAAAAGAAAUGAAUGGUAAGUAUGUUGGAAACCGUCCGAUAAAACUACGAAAGAGCAGCUGGAAAGAGAGAACAGACCAGGAGGCUGCGGAAAGACAAAAGGCAACAUCACAGCAAUAAGAAGCAAAAAACUGUGAAGAAGAGCGUACUUCACAAGUGACAAAUCCAUCAGUUAGAUGAUCUCUUUUAUUUUUGUGGCUUUAACUUUCUAAACCUCUUACUCAAAAAUAUAGAAUGAAUAAAUAUUAUCAUUAGUU